UUUUUUUUUAGCAAAUUAAUGUCUGAUUUUUUUCUCUUGACUGCAUUGAUUAGACUCAGCUCGAAUGCAUUCUUUAAACUCAGUAAGUCAUGUCGAAAAUUUGUUAAUUUAAUGACAUUAUUUUAUUUAUUUAUUUAUUUUUAAAGACAACCCCGACAGCCAUUUCAGUACUAUAAUACCCAGCAUUCCCUGCUUCUGCCUGAUGACCGGAAAAGGAAAGCAUGCGGAUUAUUUACAAAAUCUGAACGGCAAUGCAGGAGCACUGUUUUUGUACUAAGAAAAUGAUUAGUAAUAUCUGUUUAUAAUUGUUCCACUCAUUCAUUUGACUCAUUCAUUUGACUCAUUCAUUUGACUCGAAGGCUUGUUGAUAAGUGACAGAUUAAAUGAAGAAAGAAUUGCUGAGCGACAGAUGGAUGUUGCACCGCAACAGAUGGGCUCUUCAUUUGAUCUGAUCUGUGGAUUAAAAAAAAAAUCAGGGCGCUCGAGGAAAUAAAGAAGGGGAAAAAAUCAGGUCAGUUCGGGGAGAGACUCGGCAUCAUGGUGGACAACCGCUCCGCCACGGCGCUGGUGAUCGCAUGCGUGCUGAGCGCCCUGGCCACGGUUUACCUGUCUGUAGCGGUGGGCACGCGCCACUGGUACCAGUACACGAGCCCGCAGGUACGUCACGAGCACAACGCGACCGAGCUGCGCGCGCUGCACCAGGAGCUCAGCGAUGGAGAGUUCGACGAGAAGACCGCGAGCGACGCGAUGUUCCGCCUCAACGGCACACUCGGCCUGUGGUGGAGGUGCGUGCGCGUGCCCGCCGACCGCAACCGCUGGUACCGAGAGCCAGGUGGGGAUCCUGAGAUGGACACUGAGUGUGUGAGCUUCACGCUGUCUCAGCAGUUCACACCCAAAUACACAGAGCCAGGCAACCACAACAGCGGAGAGGACAUAAUACGCACCUAUAUGUGGAGGUGUCAGUUUCUCCUGCCCCUGCUCUCUCUGGGUUUGGUGUUAGUGGGAGGGCUGGUGGGAUUCUGUGCGUGUUUGUGUCGUAGUUUCAGUCCCACACUGGGCAUUGGACUCCUCCACCUCCUUGCAGGAGUGUGUUCUCUGGGCUGUGUGUGUUGUUUUCUAGCGGGAAUGGACCUGCUACACCGUGUCUCUGUUAUCCCAGACCAGGUGGAUGGUUCUCUUGGUUGGUCCCUCUAUCUCGCGCUCAUCUCCUCUCCGUUGUACAUGAUGGCUGCCGCUCUACUGGUGUGGGCCGCUCGCAGCCACAGCAAGAACUACUACCGUUUCACUGCCUACCGAGUGGCCUAGAGCAUGCAUUUCAUAUGAUUACCAGCAGGUCUGUGUCCCAAAUCACAUAAUACUGCACUAAACACACACCUACACAUCUUGAAUACUGACCUACUAAAUAUUAUGUAAACAUACCGUUACACCAACAUACAGUUGAUAUGUUAAAUUACAGCCCCAAUUCCGAAAAAGUUGGGACAGUAUGGAAAAUGCAAAAAAAAAACCCAAAAGAGUAAUUUGAAAAUUCAAUUCACCCUGUACUAUCUUGAAAACACAUUAUUUGAUGUUUCACUUUGUGAAUUUCAUUUAUUUUUGAAAAUAUACACUCAUUAUAAUCUGAUGACUGCAGCACACUAGGACUAGCCCUUCUUAUUUCAACUUGUCACAUCGCUAUUAGUCCUAAAUUGCCCCCGUCACAACUUUUUUGAAACAUGUUGCAUGCAUCAAUUUUAAAGUAAACUUUUACCUUCAAAAUACUUGAUUGAUUUAGGUAAAACAUCAAAUACCUUGUCUUUACACGGUGUUUUGUUUAAAUACAAGUCGAAGUACAUUUACAAACCAAUCCUCUUUGUUUUUAUUAGCAUUUUCCGUACUGUCCCAACAUUUUUGGAAUUGGGGUUGUAGAAUGACAUCAUAUCGCUAUUCCAUAAUACUUCCAUACUACAGUACGUACUAGGGAGAAAAGAGUACACCGUCAUAUAACCAUAAUAACAAUGUUGUCAAACUACUGUACUAAACAGUAAGCAAAAAGGUGUAUACAGCCAUGCUGAAUAGUAUGGAACAAAAGCACACUCCCAUACAAUGGAACUAAAUAAUAUGGCAUAUUAAAACUACUGUACUAAAUAGUACGAUAUACUAGAACACCCCCAUACUACCAUGCUAAAUAGUAUAUCAAAAUAGUACAUAACCAGUCUGUCAUGCAAAACAGUAUGCCAAGAUAAUACACCACCAUACUCUUUAGUGCAGUAUUAUGGGGGUGUUUUAUUACACCCCCAUACUACCAUAUUAAGUAGUGUAUAUAAAAAUAGUACAUAACCAGUAUGUCAUGCAAAAUUGUAUGCCAUCACUGACUACUGCACUAUAUAGCAUGUCAAAAUCGUACACUGCUCUACUUCCAUACUAAAUAUUAAUAUAAUAUAAUUAUAUUCUUAUAUAUAUAAUAAUAAACGUACGUGUUGCCAUAGUAAAUUAUAUAGUACACUAAAUACAAGCACACUGCACUGAUUAUGCACUCCAGCACAGAGUGAGUAUUAGAGCAGGACGGAGUGUGAUUCAUGGUAGUGCAUGUGUACUAUUCGGACAUACUUUUAACCGUAGUAACAUGCGGAAUGGGAUGUAGCCUGAGCUUAGCUUAAAAUAGCUUCCCUCCAUCUAGCUGUCUGGCUGCUGUUCGGAGAUUUACUGUGAAUCACACUGAAGCGCCCCGAUAAUCCGAAAUCAGCAGCUGGAGAAGAGACGGCUAUAAAAGCUAGCUGAGUGUGUGAGAGCAGAAAAAGUGCUGUGUGGACACUCACAGGGCAUAGACCAUAGCUGUUAGAUUCUUCAUCAUCACCCCGACCGUGAAAUGCAGAAGAGAGGAUAAAUACUGCAGUGAGGUGCCGACGUUUAUGAUUUAAUCAUAGCAUUUACAGUUUUUGACCCGUUGCCAUGGCAAUACAGGAGACAGCAGUAAACCAGUAAUCAGACCAAGCUUUUGCUUGGGCAUGAUUUUAUCUAGUUGAAAUGUACCUUGUGAAUUCCUGAGUCAGUAAAAAACCAAGGCUGUGGUCUCUUUGGUUGUUAAAAAGAAAUGGAGGUGCUGCUUAUUAUUAAUUGGCAUCACACCAUACUUUUUUUUUUUUUAUCUCGCUGUUUUCUUAAAGAUUGCAAGCUAGGAUUUACUAGUUACCAUGUUGGCACCUCUGAUAUUAAUUCAAGCAAGGCACUUUAUUGUUUCACGCUUUACCUGCAUGGCUGUGUACUGAUGGGACACUCUGUUAAUGCAAAUCUGUGUAUGUGAUUGUGUGGGUGGAUUUCGAGAAGUCACUGGAGUGUUUCUCGCAUAAACUGUGAAGUGUUUAAUGGCACAAUGUAACGAAGAUGCACAGAGAGAGCUUUUUUUUUUCUCGCGCCGACACAGUGUCAACACCCAAUCAGGAAACUUUGUCUAAAAUCAGUGUGGUUCCAGUAGCACAAUCCUGCAGGAUGAGAACCAAGCAGGUUGGGGGUCAUUUCGUUACCGUGAAAAUUGACAUGCCCACCAGUGUGAAGAAACUUGGAUCAGAAAGAAAAAUUGUUUACUCAAAGAAAGUGGCAAAAAUGACUGUACAGUAGUGCUUGAAAGUUUGUGAACCUUUUGGAAGUUUCUAUAUAUCUGCAUAUCUGUGAGUGCCAAAAGUAUGUGAAACUCUAGGAUUAGCAGUUAAGUCAGGUUUUUUUUUAAUCAGUGGGAUGGCGAUCAGGUGUGAGUGAGCGUCGUGGUUUAUUUAAAGAGCAGGGAUCUAUCAGAGUCUGAUCUUUACAACACAUGUUUGUGGAAGUGUAUUACGGCAUGAACAAAGGAGAUUUCUGAGGACCUCAGAAAAAGAGUUGUUGAUGCUCAUCAGACUGGAAACGCUUACAAAACCAUUUCUAAAGAGUUUGGACUCCACCAAUCCACAAUCAGACAGAUUGUGUACAAAUGGAGGAAAUGCAACACCAUUAUUACCCUCCCCAGGAGUGAUCGACCGACAAAGAUCACUCCAAGAGCGAGAUGUGUAAUGAUCCAUGACGUCACAGAGAACCCAGGGUAUCUUUUAAGCAACUGAAGACCUCUCUCACAUUGACUAAGUUUAAUGUUCACGAGUCCAUCAUCAGAACACUGAUCAACAAUGGUGUGCAUGGCAAGGUUGCAAGGAGAGAGCCACCGUUCUCCAAAACGAACAUUGCUGCCCUUUUGCAGUUUGCUAAAGAUCACGUGAACAAGCCAGAAGGCUAUUGGAAAAAUGUUUUGUGGUUGGAUGAGACUAAAAUAGACCACCUUGGUUUAAAUGAGAAGCAAAAACACUGCAUACCAGCUUAAAAAAAUUAUCCAAUCCGUGAAACAUGGUGGUGGGAGCGUAUAAUGUUUUAGGCAUCUGGGCCAAGACGACUUGCCAUCAUUGAUUGAACAACGAAUUCUUAAUUAUACCGGCGAAUUCUUAAAAAAAAUAUCAGGACAGCCGUCAGUGAACUGAAUCUGAAGAGAACGCGGGUCAUGUCACAGGAAACACAAGUCGUGCUACCAAAGAACGGUUAAAGAAGAAUAAAGUGAAUGUUUUGGAACGGCCAAUUCAAAGUCCUGACCUUAAUCCAAUAGAAAUGUUGUGGAAGAACCUGAAGCGAGCAGUUCAAGUGAGGAAACCCACCAACAUCCCAGAGCUGAAGCUGUUCUGCACUGAGGAACGGGAUAAAACCUCCGAGCCGAUGUGCAGGACUGAUCAACACUUACCCCGUUUAGUUUAGUUGCUGCACAAGGGGAUCACACCAGAUACCAAGAGCAAAGGUUCACAUACUUUUGUUACUCACAGAUAUGUAAUUUUGGAUCAUUUUCCUCAAUAAAUAAAUGGCCAAGUAUAAUAUUUUGUCUCCGUUGUUGAAUUGGGUUCUCGUUAUCUACCUUUAGGACUUCUUCUAGAAAAUCCAAUGACAUUUUAGGUCAUAUUUAUGCAGAAACAUAGUAAAUUCUACUGUAGCUAGUUAAAGUUAGCUAAUGGUUCUGCUCUCAUUCUGGUGGAAAUGAGAACCGGUUCUUUGUCCUGCAUCUGCUCUGUGUUGGUGGAAAAAAAGGUCUUGAUACAAUAUAUAUAGAUUAAAGAAUGGGUCAGGUAUGGAUUCAGGCACACCAAUCUUUACUUUGUAUAUUAUUCUUAUGUCUAACUUUGUCCUAAUUUCUUUGUAUGUUGUAUUUUGUAGUAAUGUUAAGUGUUAUAGUGUUCAUUAGACCAGGCUAUUGUUAUGAAUGCCAAUGAUACAUAAGCAUAAACCUUUAAUAACUGUUAAUUUAUUUGUAAUUAUUUAAUUAUUAUUAAUUUAUUUAAUUUAUUCCUGUUAACUUGUUUAUUUAUUCUUGUUUUUUUGUGUGAUUUUUUUUUAACGUAUUGUUGCAUAUACAUGGAUGUGUAGUUUUUUUUGAUUAAACAGCAAAUCAUGCUAUAUUAAUUAAUGUUAACAGUGAAUCCGAACUCCUUAUAUUGAGCAUGUGAUAAUGCAGCAUUGUGACUGUACAGCGUUAAUAUGCAAAGCAAUGACAUUCCCUUUGUAAGCUUUUCCCCUGAGGUUUGGAUUCAUUAACCGGAUCUGUUCUAUAGUUAUUGCAUUUGUAUUAAAUGGACUGAUUUUAACUUCAAUAAAAUUACUUUAAAAAAAAAACAAAACAACAUUUGUUCAUUAGAAAUGAACCCUAUACAAGUAUAGAGCUGAGGGUUAAG